AUGAUUCUAUGCUGUAUCACCGGGCUAUUUGGUGUGUGCCAAAAACGAAUAUUCCUGCUCAUUGCGUUGACAAUCUCUACCGUAAUCUCUAUAUGCCAAAAUGUGCUAGUUUUUCUGUGGUAUAUUGGAAUUUUCGGUGAUAUAUCACGGCCAGUAUUAUCGGCUGGACUACCGUACUCUUAUUCGUUCUUUUUGAGACAUACACCUUUUUGCGGUGCUCACUACGAUUUGCAAAAGUCAAAAUGGGUUCAACCGCAGUGUGCAAUACCGUAUAACCAAAUCGAAGCCGGACAAGCUCUGCUACAUGUGAUUCUGGCCGCAAUCACAAUGAUUCUCAGCAUCAUAGUGAUUCUGGAGCGACGACGAGAGAAGGAAAGGCCGAAGAUGCCAUUGCCAGCACAGUAUGCACAAAUCAAGCGUCAACACCGCCAACCUAUGACGUCAUCGCCCACUGAUAUCGGGAGUGGCUACAUGACUGCGUCCUAUGACGAUAUGGCGACGAUACCAUUACCUGAGAAUCAACGUAGUGUACCGUAUCCCUAUGAAAGGAAUAACAGAACCAAGAGAUCAAGGAUGCGACCAAAUUCUAUGCCCCAACCCCACUUCGAUCAAUACUCUUCGGUGAAAUCGAUUGAUAAAGACGAGAUUCAGCCACAACCUCCUACGAAGAGGUCGUCUUCUACAGCCAGUGGACGUUUCCGAAAAUCGUCUGAACAACCACGCCGUGCCAGUAUGCAUGAGGAGUUGCGCGACUAUGAUGAACGACCAAACGAGGAGGAAUUUGGUAGAUCUACGGGAGCGAUAACGUCUUUAGUGAGUUUCGAUCCGAAGAGUCAAACGCUGCUUCGUGUGAGGGAACAUCGAGAAUCAGAUGACGAAGCUGAAGGUUAUAUGCGGAUAGGAAAGGAAUACGCGCUCGAUACCGGAUUGUAUGAGCGAAUUCGCGAGCGACCAAGAGAAGUGGGUCUCAACUCUGUAGCCUCCCAGACCCUGGCCGAAACCCGAGAAAGCCAGGAAUCCGUACCAUCCUUCACUGCGCCAGUCCUCCAUAACGAGGAGACGACGCAAGCUGAAGUCAUCCAUGACGUGAGCAGUUCAGACUCGGGAUUCCCGGGUUCAACGGGUGGCUCUGAAUGGCCAGUUGCUUCUUCGCCACCACGGCCAGGACGAUGGCGAACUGAUCCUGCGCCUAGCUGGCAGAUGGCCAAGAAAAGCAUGAUCAGUUCUGUUUCACCGCCUCAGGAACAGUUAGCUGGCGAAGAUUCGCGGCAAAAGAGCAAGUUCCGGGUGGAAAUACAGCCACAGGAAAGAAGUACUGCCAUAGGUCAUUAUCAUUCCAUUAAUGAGUUUCAACUCACUGACGAACCAUCACCGCCUCCCACGCAAACAAUGCCGGUGAUUAGUGGGAAUGGUUUGCUGGUCUGACAGUUUGGGGAAGUCCCGGAAGUUGGGGAAUGGCAACAACUCAGGGGAGGGACAUUGCUAGUGUCUACCUAAAGAUUGUCUCACACUCUCACAUAAAGCUCAAGCGACUCAAACAAGGAACCCCAGUGAUUUUUUCAAAGAAAGAGAUUUGCCCAAGGCAUAGGCUUGUGGCAGUUGUCGCGAUCCGCCAUCUCUGCGAGAAAGUUUUGUUUGUCUAUGAUAUCAAUAUGCACUACCAUCUGAACUGUUUUCUUACUGAAAUUGGUUGUCCAUAACUGUCAUCAAUAACGGGUCCCGAAUAAUCUAUUCCGAUACAAUAGUAUUGAUUGAUGAAUUGCAUAAAAGUUUUAUC